UCUCCCUGUGGAUUUCCUUAUUAGUGUGGUCUUAGGGCAGACUGUUUGGCUGGGGGUCCCUAUGGGGAUCCACUUUUUAGACCAUUUUUUAUUUGAGAGAGGAGUUGACCACCCUCCCCUCAAAAGAAGGGGCCUGGCCACCCCAUUCUUCAACAUACCGAUAAAAGAUAGAUUUCCAAAUCAGGCGCGGAGCCAGCCGAACGGCGGCCUGGGUCUGGCCCCACCCAGCAGCCCCUCUAGCAACGUCCCAUGCGCAUCACGUGCACAGAGCGUGGCUUGGGCUCUGAAAGCGCCCCGAGAGAACUCCCCCACCCUGCGCCUGGGCUACAGAGAGCCCCGAGCGCGCGCCCCCCUGUCUUUUUCAGGCAGCGUUUGCUCCCUCCGAUGAGAGAAAGAAAGGGAAAUAGAUGCUUUCACACAGCAAGCGCCACCUGAAAUGACAGUGGAGGACUCACUCGGGCUCUUCGGAGCUUGAGGCCAACACCCCCUUUGCGUGUGACAUUGCUGCAGGUAGACCUUGUUGAUUUCGUUUCCCUCAAAGAAUUCAAACACCUGCUAAAGCCUACCCUUGCAGGAAGGCUAAUGUUGCCACAGUGGCCAAGAAAUUGCUCACUGACUUUAUUCCUAGGUUUGGCCUACCCCUCUCAUUGGAUUGUGAAAUGGGAACACACUUUACCAGUAAGGUCAUCCAGAUGGUUUGUAAAGCGCUUGGGGUAAAACUGCAAUUUCAUACCCCUCACCAUCCUCAAAGCUCAGCUUACGUGGCAAGAAGAAACUUGGACUUAAUGACCAAACUGGCGAAGACUGUCAAAGAUACUGGCCUGCCCUGGCCAGAUGCCCUGCCUGAUGCGCUCUUAUCUAUAAGAAAUACUUCAAUUCGAAAACAUGGAUGAACAUCCCAUGAAAUUGUGAUGGGAAGGCCACUAAGGGUGGGAGUCAAACCCAGGGUACCAGCUAGAUCAAGAUAUUGUACUGUAUUGUGUAAACCUGACUAAGGUGUCUCAGUCUCUCCACUCACAGGUAAAGGAGGCUCAUAUGCCUCCAAGCACUGAGGCUUGUCUACAACCUGGUGAGAGAGUUUAAACACAAGAACUGUCUGGCACUGAGGUGGACUGGUCCUUUCCAAGUGCUGUUGGUCACUCACACUGCUGUAAUUUGGAAGGAAAAGUUACCUGGACAGUCUGGACUCACACUUCUCACUGUAAGAAGGUGCAUUCACCAACACAGGAAAAUCCAGAAGAAAGACUGGCAACCGUGAGGCCAGAAUAACCAUCAAAAUAAAAAACAGUCCUAAUAUAAUUGGGACUGUUCCAUCUCCUGUUCUUUGCCUUUCCAAUGUGCAGAGCAAACUUAAUUGUUAAAUUGUCUUAUCAAGUAGCCAAAGCUGAAAAUGAGACUGAUUACUGGGUAUGUCAUCACAUGCCCGUCCAUGCCAAAGCAGGGGUUAACCAUGAUCUCUGUUCCUUUAAAUAUCACUGAACUAUCAGCUUAUGGGGAACUAGGCCAAAUAACACCUGGACAGAUAUGCAAGAUGAAAUCCGUUCUUACCUAUAGGUGCAGCCUAAGGAGGGAGAGUUUUGUUUCCAGUGUAAUGGCACAGGUUAUCCAGCGGGAAAUAGUUCCUGUAAAGUCACCUUGGUAAAGAAUGGGGCUAACGUAAACGGCUCUUACAAACCAAAUGGAAUUCCUUUUGAUCACUCCAUUCAAGGCUAUUAUGAACAGGUAGCCCUCUACAUCAAAACAUGCUACACAGGAUAUAUGGCCCUGGCGGGACACUCUUUUGUAUGUUGGAAUAGAGCCUAUAGGACUUUUCCUCCAAAGUGGUCUGGAAGAUGUUAUGUAGCCCAGUUAAGGCCUGCUGUUAGAAUUACCCAAUGCUAUCCUAAGGAAGGAAUUCGAAAUAACUGAGAUUUGGGCUCUGGCCAAGAUAUAGUGGACAGCAGAACCCCUUUAACAAAAACCUUUGACCAUGUGCAGAAAACCCAACAAGCGGCCUAUGUACCCCCAGAUCACACUGAGGAUACUGGGUCCUGGUUGAUCCCCUGACUGCCAGAUUUGGGAGUCUGGGGAAGAAGUAUUUUAGCAGUUUGUUCAUUAUCCUGAUUUUCAUUGUUUUCUUAUAUGUUGGGGUCAUGUAAUUGAAAUGCUGUAUGCAAACUCUGAACAGAGCUAAUGCCAUUUAUGCCUGCCUCCCUCAAUCUGAACUGCGUGAAAUUCGUACCAAGCUGCGCAAACAAGAGGCAUAUCUGCAGAAGUGUAAAAUGUAAAGGUGAGGCUUCAUGUAUUAACAUGAAGCCUCAAAGGGGGGAAUGAUGAUGAAAAACUUUAUUUGGGUCUGGUUUGGGCCUAGUCAAGAAUCUAGGCAAGGCCUGUAAGUUUGGAUUUCAGUACCGCUAAAGGGUUGCUAUGGUAACAGAAUGUAUCUAAGUAUUGCUUGGAGGGAAUUGAAGGAGAAGGGGUAACAUAUAGACUGGAGUGUUAAGAACUGCUGGCAAAUGAGAGCUUAGCCCUGCUUUGCCGUUAUGGGAAGCAGCACUGAACGCUCGUCUCGUUUCAAGCAAAACACAGCCGUUGGGAAUCAUGCAGGGCCACCAGCAUCCCACAGAGAGAAGGAUUUUGAUAUGAUCUACACAAUUGAAGAUGUGCCUCCAUGGUAUCUCUGCAUCCUGCUGGGAUUUCAGCAUUAUUUGACCUGUUUCAGUGGCACCAUAGCUGUGCCUUUCCUUCUGGCAGAAUCCCUGUGUAUAGGAAAAGACCAGUACACCAUCAGCCAGCUCAUUGGCACCAUCUUCAGCUGUGUGGGGAUCACCACUCUGAUCCAAAGCACUGUAGGGAUCAGACUUCCUCUGUUUCAAGCCAGCGCAUUAGCAUUCUUGGUUCCUGCCAAAUCGAUCUUGGCCCUGGAUAAAUGGAAGUGUCCUCCAGAAGAGGAGAUCUAUGGCAACUGGACCUUACCACUGAAUACGUCUCACAUCUGGCAACCAAGGUUAAGAGAAAUCCAAGGAGCAGUCAUCGUUUCCAGCCUGGUGGAAGUGGCAAUUGGGUUGGUGGGCCUCCCUGGGGCACUGCUCAACUACAUCGGGCCCCUCACCGUCACACCCACUGUCUCCUUAAUAGGUCUCUCUGUCUUCCAAGCUGCAGGGGAGCGCGCUGGAUCACACUGGGGCAUUGCAGCACUGUCGAUUUUUUUAAUCGUUUUGUUUGCUCAGUACCUACGAAAUGUGUCUUUUCUCCUUCCUGGCUAUAAAUGCGGAAAAGGGUGCAUUGUGUUCCGGAUACAGAUCUUCAAGAUGUUUCCAAUCAUACUGGCCAUUUUGGUGGUCUGGCUCCUGUGUUAUAUUCUGACAGUGACAGAUGUCUUUCCUCGUGAUGCAAAGGCCUAUGGAUAUAAGGCCAGAACGGAUGCGAGAGGAGAAAUCAUGUCCAUUGCACCAUGGUUCCGUUUACCCUACCCUUGUCAGUGGGGGCUCCCCACAGUGACAGCGGCUGCUGUGCUGGGCAUGUUCAGUGCUACCUUGGCUGGGAUCAUUGAAUCUAUUGGGGAUUAUUAUGCCUGUGCUAGGCUUGCAGGUGCUCCACCUCCACCUGUGCAUGCCAUUAACAGAGGCAUUUUUAUAGAGGGAAUCUCUUGUAUAAUUGCUGGGCUACUGGGCACUGGCAAUGGUUCUACUUCCUCGAGCCCUAACAUUGGAGUCUUGGGCAUCACCAAGGUGGGUAGCAGGAGAGUGGUGCAGUAUGGUGCUGGAAUCAUGCUUAUUUUGGGAACGAUUGGCAAGUUCACAGCUCUGUUUGCUUCCCUUCCUGACCCCAUCCUUGGUGGGAUGUUCUGCACAUUGUUUGGCAUGAUCACAGCAGUGGGGUUGUCCAACCUGCAGUUUGUCGACAUGAACUCCUCCCGCAAUCUUUUUGUUCUGGGAUUUGCCAUGUUUUUUGGGCUCACACUUCCAAACUACUUAGAUUCCCGACCAAAUGCUAUCAACACAGGCAUUGCUGAAAUUGACCAAAUAUUAACAGUACUGUUAACCACAGAAAUGUUUGUUGGUGGCAGCAUUGCAUUCAUUCUGGACAACACCAUUCCAGGGACACAAGAGGAACGUGGCCUAGUACAGUGGAAGGCUGGAGCAUAUGCCAACAGUACCACAUCUGCAAAACUGAAGAGUUAUGAUUUUCCAUUUGGCAUGGGUGUUGUUAGAAAGGUCCAGUGGCUAAAGUAUGUGCCAGUGUGCCCGGUUUUUGUGGGUUUUAACUGGAAAACAAGGAGGGAUCCCGAUACAGCAGAAGAUACUCCAAACACAACAGAUAUCACAGUCAUAUGCACAAAGGUUUGAAAAUGAAGCAUCACAGAAAGCUGGACAACAGCAGUCAAUCAGUGGAAGGAGAGUGUGCAGGAUUCCCAGAGUAUUUAAGUCAUGUCCCAGCAGAGACUCUCCAGGCAAAGCUGGAUCAAUGGCUGUUAAAUGGGAAGACAUGUGUGGCUCAUCAAGGCUUCUUCCCCGCCCCACAUUGCCCCCUCUGACAACUGGAGUUCAAAGAAAGCAGGUAAGGGUUCACCCAGAGCCCCCUCUAGAACCUGAACACUCUCUAGACACACUUGUUCACAGGCAGUAUUUUUUAUUUUGAAUUUUACAUAUCCAAUUUGGGCUUAGAGGAGAGGUAAAGUAGUGCUCUGGUUUAAUACUGGAAGACCAUUAGCAAAGCUUGUGUGUAUUCUCUAAUUUAAAAAGGUUUUGCAGCCAAAAUUAUGCAGUCAGGUCCAAUUCCAUACAUCUGGUUUAUGCUAUUUUACUCUCUGUACUGGUCAAAGACUGUAAUAAAGGUUAUCUAGCUA